UUUGGCAGUGGAAUAUGCUGCCUCAGAGUGCGGUGGAGUCUCCUUCUUUUGGAGAUUUUGAAACAGAAGCUGCAUGGCCAUUUGCAAGCCCGUUCUCUGUCGAGAUGAAGCCAGAAGGAGAGAUGGAGCGUCCGCCAACAAUUUCUGUCAAGGGGGUUCCCCUGAUAAAGUACUUUGCCGAAGUCAUGGAAGAAGUGGACAAGUUUCAAGCACAUCCAGAUGACUUGCUGAUCUCCACAUACCCCAAAUCUGGAACUACCUGGAUCAGUGAAGUCGUAGACAUGAUCUACAAAGAAGGCAAUGUGGAAGCUUGCAGAGAGAAACCCAUCUACAUGCGAGUCCCUUUCUUGGAGUUUGCUAUUCCUAACAUAGAGUCAGGCAUUGAGCUGCUAAAAAUAGCACCUCGCCCAUGUCUAAUUAAGACCCACCUUCCUGCCCAAUUGCUCCCAAAAUCAUUCUGGGAAAAGAACUGCAAGAUGAUCUAUGUAGCCAGAAAUGCCAAAGAUGUGGUCGUCUCCUAUUACUUCUUCUAUCAAAUGGCAAGAGUUCACCCUGAACCUGGAACGUGGAAUGAAUUCCUGGAGAAAUUUAUGGCUGGAGAUGUCUCUUAUGGAUCAUGGUACGACCAUGUCAAAGGCUGGUGGGACAAGAGAAAAGAACAAAGGAUGCUCUACCUCUUCUAUGAAGACCUGAAAGAGGAUCCACGACGGGAGAUCCGGAAAGUAAUGCAAUUCCUGGAGAGGCCUGCUGAUGAAGAGCUGGUGGAAAAGAUUGCACAUCAUACCUCCUUCAAAGAGAUGCGUCAAAACAGCAUGGCCAACUAUUCAAGCAUCCCCACGUCAGUUAUGGACCACUCCAUCUCCCCUUUUAUGAGGAAGGGAAUGACUGGUGACUGGAAGAACUAUUUCACGGUGACCCAAAAUGAGCAAUUUGAUGCUGAUUAUAAGAGGCAAAUGGAGGGAUCGACUCUGCAUUUCCGAAUGGAGAUCUGAUUGCUCUCACUUCCCUUUUUGUGUAGGGACAACUUGCAGUGAUGCCCUUUUUCUUUUCUUUCAAAUCUUCUUAUAGAUGCUAUUAGCUUUAUUGACAACAAAAUAGACAGCAGGGAUACCAUGGCUCACAAAGGAUCCUUCCAAUGGGCCAGAGAGCCUGUGAGCCACAUGGUUCCCCACCUUUGCUGGAGAAGAUACUUUGCACAUUGAUGAUGUAAAAAUGGUCAAAUCCAGAUAUUUUCCCGGUUCCUUCAGUCUGGAGGUUGAAAAAUUUACAAAAGUAAAAAAGCCAUCUUCUUGUGAAACUUCCACACCACUCAGAUCCCAGUCUAGUUUUUGUUAUGUUCCUAUUACACUGUGCCAAAAACAAAUCUGAACUAUUGUUCAUUAUAAUUUAUGACUCAGUACCUUGUUACCUGUUGGCUUCCUUCUCUUGGCAGCAGACACAGGAAAGAAUGCCAAGAACAUGUGGAUGUUACAGUACCAAAAUGAGCACAUGUUGGCUUCUUUCUCUUUAUUUCACUUUGAGGAGUACAGCACUUUAUUCUUGAAGAGACUACUCAAAAUGAAACAUAUCUAAUAAAGAUAAUUUUUAAUUAACUUUUCAUACCUACAUUUUAUACUCAGUUAAGAAAAAACACACACAUUGGAAACAAAUGAAUAUUUAGAUUAAAAAUUCUUUAAUCUUUAUUAUUUGAAUGAUUAAUAAUAGCUGUUGGUUCUUGAGAUGGUUUGUCAUUUUCAUGCUUUAUGAAAACCAGCCCUUAGUCUGAAUGUCAAUAAUCAACAUUUUGCAUUAGCAACAUGUUAUUAUAUUAAAUUGAUCUGAGGUACUGUCA